AUGGCGCAGCGAGGAAUCCAAAUGAACCAGGACAAACUCUGCUGUUCGAUCUGUUUGGAUCUCCUCAAGGAUCCGGUGACUAUUCCCUGUGGACACAACUACUGUAUGAACUGUAUUCAAAUCCACUGGGAUGAAGAGGAUCGGAAGAACAUCCACAGCUGUCCUCAGUGCAGACAGACCUUUGCACCGAGGCCUGCUCUGGGGAAAAACACCAUGUUGGCAGAAUUAGUGGAGGAGCUGGAGAAGACUGGACAAACUGCUCCUGCUAAUCACUGCUAUGCUGGACCUGAAGAUGUGAGCUGUGAUGUCUGCACUGAGAGAAAGCUGAAAGCUGUCAAGUCCUGUCUGCAGUGUCUGGUCUCUUACUGUGAGCAGCACCUCCAGCCUCAUUAUGAAUCCCCCGCUUUUAGGAAACACAAGCUGGUGGACACAUCCCAGAAGCUUCAGGACAAUAUCUGCUCUCAUCACAAUGAAGCUAUGAAGAUCUUCUGUCGCACUGAUCAGCAGUGUAUCUGUUAUCUGUGCUCCAUGGAUGAACAUAAAGGCCACGACACAGUUUCAGCUGCAAAAGAAAUAAGUGAGAAGCAGAGAGAGCUCGAGGUGUGUCAGGAGAAAAUCCAGCAGAAAAUUAAGGACCAAGUUAAACACAUGCGGGUUCUUCAGCAGAAAAUGAAGGCCAUCAGUCAAUCUGCAGAUAAAGCUGUGAGGGACAGUGAGAUGAUCUUCACAGAGCUUAUCCGCCUCAUAGAAAAAAGAAGCUCUGAUAUAAAGCAGCAGAUCAGAUAUAAGCAAAAAAAGGAGGUGAGUCGACUUACAGAGCUUCAAGAGAAGUUGAGGCAGGAGACUGUUGAUCUGCAACAGAAGAAAUCUGAGUUGGAACAACUCUGUCACAUGCAGGAUUACAUCACCUUUCUACAAAGGUAUCCCUCACAGUCAAGCUUGACUUUCAGUGAGGAGCCACCCAGCAUCAGUAUUCACCCUCUGUGUAACUUUGAUUAUGUGACAGCUUCUCUGUCAGAAAUCCGGGAAAAGAUACAGAACAUACUCAAAAGACAAUGGACCAAGCUAUCAGCAACAUCCUCCACUAUUGGAGUGUAUCUGGACCACAGUGCAGGUACUCUGUCCUUCUACAGUGUUUCUGACGACAUGACUCUCCUCCACAGAGUCCAGGCCACAUUCACUCAGCCGCUCUACGCAGGAUUUUUUGUUGGUCAUGGAUCUGUAGUUGAGCUCAAGUAG